UUCUUCGAUCUCUUAGUUAACCACACUUCAGUAAAGUAGAUCUGAUAUUUAACAUUUAUUUAUAGCAUGAGUCUAAUUAAAUGCUACUAAAUUUAUAAAAAAAUAGAAAAUAGGCCAUCGUUGGUAUAUAUAGGAAUUAUGCUGAAGGGCUGCUAGCAAUGAAGAACAGACAAAAUGCUCAAGAGUUUUGAUGCACCCUGCCGUGAAAUAUUGUUGCAAAAAGGGUAUUCAUCAUCAUUUUAAAUCUUCGAUGGCCAUACAUCGACGAACUCACAACGAUGAGUUGAAUUUGAAAGAAUGUUUCCACCACAAGAAAUCGGAUCCCUGUGAAAAAGAACUAUGUAUUGCAAAUAAGAAAGGCUUCGCUUCGGCUGAUGGAGAAAUAGAUAGGGAUGCUUUAGCUAUGGUCAUUGAAAAUGAAUUUAAUGAAAAUAGUGAGCUGAAGGAAGCGAUUGAAGAGAACUGCGUGGGAGAAGAUUUGUCCAAGUUCGGUCCUGAAGAUUUGUGCGAUGUGUUGAAAUUGAGGCUAUGUAUCGAGAUACAGCAUCUUAAAGCUUGCGUUGAGUGGGACGAUGAGGUACCAUGCGAAGGAACGAAGAAAUUAGUAGAAGAUUGCAUGCAACUGUCAGCCUAAUGCAAAUAUGAAAUAAAUACAAUUACUGAAGACGGCAAUAAAUUAAAAUGUUAUGGAAUUGGUUUAUAUUUAAA